AUGGACGGGACGCGCCUCCUCAGAGAUGAGGUUGAAAAGAUAAGCUCCUACCUUGAUGACCUGUCAGAGCUGACGGAUCCUCCUCUGAAAGCCAUGUGCUGGAUGAAUGAGGUGCGUGACCUGUCUUAUGACAUGGAGGAUUACAUCAACAGCUUAAUAUUUGUUCCCAACAAUAACAAGACCAUCAGGACCCUCCGUGAAUUGUCCACACAUGUCCAGCCACCCAGGACUCAGGUUAUAAUUGCGGAAACGCUGUUAGAAUUCAGGAUGUAUGUCCAGGAGACUAUUGAACGGCACCAUAGGUACAAUCUCCUUUAUUGCAGGACCUUGAGGCAUAGGUUUGUGUCAAUGGGCCCUAUGCUUCUUCCAACCGCACAUGUAGUGACUGAUGACAUAGUAAUUGAUGGCCGGAUGAACGAAUUUAUCAACUCACUGGCUAACGAUAGGGACCAGCAACUUAAGGUGUCAUGUCUUCUUGGAUCUGCUUGUCUUGGCAAAACCACACUUGCAGAAGUGUUGUACAACAAAUUUGGUAAGAAUUACAGUUGUCGAGCUUUCGUUCGGGUGUCCAAGAAACCUGAUAUGAAAAGAGCUUUCCAUGACAUGCUCUGGCAAAUCCAGCGGCAACGUCCCUCACGGCAUUGCAAGGAAGUUGAACUCAUUGACAAGAUCAAGAAAUAUCUGCAAGAUAAAAGGUAUUUGAUUGUUAUUGAUGAUGUAUGGGCUGCAUCAGUAUGGGAUAUUAUAAAUCAUGCUUGUCCAAAAGGUAAUCAUGGCAGCAGAUUAAUAACAACUACUCAGGUUGAAGGCGUUGCGUUAAAAUGUUGCUGCUAUCAACCAGAGUAUGUUCUUGAGAUGAAACAUCUAGAUGAUGACCACUCUAGAAAGCUUUUCUUUAACAGACUUUUUGGCUCUGAAAGUUAUUGUCCUGAAGAGUUCAAAGAGGUUCUAAAUGAUAUUGUUGAAGUAUGUGAUGGUCUGCCGCUAGCUAUAAUCAGCAUAGCUAGUGUUUUAGCUAGCCAGCCUGCCAUGCCAACUGAUCUAUUGAAGUACAUCCAUCAGUCGUUAAACUCUUGUUUCUCGGCAUCAGAAAGAAUGAGACAAGCACUGAAUCUUAGCUUCAAUAAUCUUCCUCAUUAUUUGACGACAUGCUUGCUAUAUCUUGUUAUGUAUCCAGAGGGAUACAUAUUCUGCAAUGAUGAUUUGGUGAGGGAAUGGGUGGCAGAAGGUUUUAUCGAUACAAUGGAACGGCAGGACAGGUUGAAAGUUGCAGAGCGCUAUCUCAAUGAACUUAUUUGCAGAAGAUUAAUCCAUCCUAUACGUAUCAACCACAACAAUGAGGUCUUGUCCUGUGCAGUUCAUGAUGUGGUAUAUGAUUUUAUUGCAUCCAAAUCUGCAGAAGAGAAUUUCAUUGUGUCAAUAGACUGCAGUCAAAAGAACGUGAUACUUUCUAAUAAGGUCCGUCGACUAUCUCUCCUCUUUGGCGAUGCAAGAUAUGCCAAGACACCCAUAAACAUCAGGAAGUCUCAAGUUCGGUCACUUGCUUAUUUUGGAUUAUUCAACUGCAUGCCUUGUAUCGGAGAUUUCAAGCUUCUUCGUGUUCUAAACCUUCAACUAUCAUUUCAUGGCGACUCUUCUUGUGACCCUGUAGACCUUGCUGGGAUUUCAGAACUGAUUCAACUGAAAUAUUUUAAGAUUGGAUGCGGUUUCUAUAUAAAACUGCCAACCGAUGGGCUAAAAUGUUUGCAAACACUAGAUAUUACAGAUGUGGUAGUCAUUAGGUCAUCAGUGGACAUCAUUCUCCCAAAAUUGUUGCACCUCAGUCUGCCUUUCGCAAGAAGUUUGUUGUAUUGGAACGGCAUUAAGUGGAUUCUAGGAGGAGCUGGCGGACUGAACUCCUUGGAGGAUCUUCAUCUUACCGUUUCUUCUACAGAUUCCAAUGAUCUGGAGAGAAACAUCAAAUCUUUGGGUCAUUUAAUCCAACGACAUCAAAACUUGAGAACUGUAGUAAUGACCCAUGGUUCCAAGGUUAAAAAUAGUGUGGUUAGUAGUACUACAAAAUUAAUCACCACCAAGCCAUCCAAGGAGGUGAUUAAUUGUAGAGCGCCACUUCUCCAGAGAUUUGAAUGCUCACAGGCUAGCGGCAUCACAUUUGCCAAAAUUCCUAAGUGGGUUAAAGAACUUGACAACCUAGUUAUUUUGAAGAUUGCAGUGAAAGAACUUCACAUGAUUUGUGUUGAUAUUCUCAGGGAAUUGUGUGCCCUCACUGCUCUAUCUCUGUAUGUGCGAAGCCAGGGCAAUAAAAAGAUCAUCUUUGACAAGCACGGGUUCUCAGCUCUCAAAUACUUCAAGUUGAGGUUCACGACUGGGGUAGCUUGGAUAAACUUUGAGAAGGAUGCAAUGCCUAGUCUCUGGAAGCUCAAAUUAAUUUUCAAUGCCGUCCCCCGAAUGAACCUAAAACCAUACUUUCUUUGGACUCACUCCGACCGGCACGAACUAUAUAAGCGGGGUGAUGCACUGAUCAGCAUCGACCAUAUGCCAGGUCUUAGAGAGAUCUAUGCAAAAUUUGGUGGUGCAGCUGCUGAUGUAGAGUAUAUCAAGAGUAAGAGGAUCGGCAUUAGUAAUGAUCCAAGCAAUCCUGAAAUCAACAUGCAAUGGGUAGAGGACCAAAGCAGAAAUCAGAAACAGCAAAUGAAUGAGAUUCUGGAGAUAGACUUUGCAGGUGUAACAUUGGAUAGAGCAGCUGCUGAAAGGUCACCAGAGUCUCUGCAUGAAUUCACACUCGAUGAGAUCAUGUCCGCCACCAGCAACUUCGCCAAUGCACACUUCAACAGUGACCACUACAAGAAAAGGAACCUCGACAAGACAUUCUGCCGCCCCGGCAUCUACAAGGGCUUCUUUGAAAACAGAAAGGUCGUUGUCAAGUGCUUCAACAAGUUCAGUGGCGACGAUGAGUGGCUGCUGGUCGAUGAGACAGAGCUGGAGUGCCUCGCAAUGGUGCAUGAUCCUCAUCUAGUGAAGCUGCUUGGCUUCUGUGACUACGACAAUCACAGGAUGCUCGUAUACGCUGAUAUGCCCACGGAAAGCCUCAAGGACCACCUUUCCAACGAUACACAAGGGUCGUCAUCAACAAAACGUCAAGAGAAACAGCUACCAUGGUUAACGCGUCUCAGGAUCGCCAUUGGAGCGGCCAAGGGCCUGGCUUUCCUACACGAGGCGGACAAGCCGAUGAUCCACGGUGAUUUCAAAGCUUCCAACAUUCUGCUUGGCUCGGACCGCAAACCGAAGCUGUUUGGCUUUGGCUUCCCGAAGGACUAUCCAGGGGCCAAAACGGCCGAAAGCGACGUGUACAACUUCGGUGUGGUGCUCCUAGAGCUUCUGGCUGGGCGAUCUGUUGUCGAUGAGAAGCGAUUUGUUAUGGAGUGGUCACGUGCCUACCCCCCGUUCAAGGAGGACAAGCUGAUUGAUAUCAUUGACCCGAGCCUUGAGGGGGAAUACUCGUUGUCGGCAGCGUAUAGCACUGUGGAGAUCGUGAGUCAGUGCCUGAACAGCAUGCCCAAGGAGCGGCCAUCUAUGCGGGACGUCGUGGAAGCGCUUGAGCCCCUGCUCAACCUUGGCGACAAUGACAAGGCCGAGGAUGUAAAUUGGGAGGUUUCUUCCUUAUAUCCCGCGUCAUGGGACCACCAUCAUGAAUUCCAACGGGACGAGCUCAUGUUGGCCACCAGCCACUUCUCAGCGGAAAACAUUCUCGGCAAGGCUGACUACGGCCACAUCUACAAGGGUGCAAUCAACGGGCUGGUACCUCAAUUAUUAAUUAAUUUCAUUUCAUUUCAUCUGUCGAAGCUGUGGUGUUUUGAGAGAUUGCGCCAUCCUCAUAUCCUGAGUCUGCUGGGCUACUGCAACCAAGACGGGCACGGUAUACUCGUCUAUGAGCACAUGCAGAGGGGUAGACUCCUGAACCACAUCUUGGAGACCAAUCGCAUUGGGUCAAUACCAUGGUUAUCACGGCUCAAGAUCGCCGUUGGAGCAGCUAAAGGUCUGGCUUACCUGGAGGACGAGCGGAAGAUCUAUGCUCCCUUGGACGACGAGCGGAGCAUCUACUAUAGUGGUUUCAAAGCUUCCUGCAUUAUGGUUGACUCGGAUCAUACAGCGAAGCUGUUUGGCUUUCAAUUGGUGAAGGAGAAUCCACAGGACAAGGCGAGUGAAAGCGAUGUGUACAACUUUGGUCUAGUGCUCCUACAGCUGCUGGCCGGGGGGGCAUCAAUCAACGAGAAGCGACUGCUUCUGAAAAAAAAUCCGGUGAAGUGGUCGCGUUCCUCUCUCAAUAAGUACAAUCUGCACCGAAUCAUGGACCCUAGACUGGAGGGGCAAUACUCAUUUUCGGCAGCUUCUAGCACUGCAACCAUCGCUCGCCGGUGCCUGCAGGACAAGGAACGACCGUCGAUGCGUGACGUAGUGCUAGCCCUUGAGCCACUGCUCAGCGAUGGGCGUCACUCAAGGGCGGUACGGUGGACACCCUCGUUGUUACUCGGCCGAUAUGGUGCUGUAAAAGGGAGAGGCAAAGGUAAGCAUGGUAAGGAGGUGGAAGAACCAACAACGGGGGCUUCUUCCGUCACUCUUCCCGGCGCACUGAACUCGUGAAAGAAGCAUCGAUCAGGGAGCACGGCCACACAAGACCCAUUUAACCUACUACUAUACAUCAGCUUUUUAUGCUUAAUUCUCCUACCAUACACAAGACCCAUUUAACAACGGGGGCUUCUUCUGUCACUCUUUUGUGUCCAAGAUUGUUGAGAUUCUGUUUUCUUUUCGAGAUUGGAUUGUUCAGAUUCUGAAGAACAAAUAAAGCAUAUUCAUUUUGUCCUAGUAGAUCAUCCUGUUAAAACAUAAUCAUAUUGUGCAGACCAUUGCAUUGUGUCACGACUCGCCCAAUUCUGAAAGCAACAGAAACCCUAAACGUACAGAGCGCUUACAAAUCAAGCCGCCAUGACCCGACCUCGAACUCUGCCCACUCCGGGUUUUGCGGGCGGGCAACCUCUCCGGCGGCCCGCGCCAUCUUAUUUGGUGCUCUCUGCUCUCUCGAGUCUCGACUCAGAGUUGUCCUCUGCUCUUCAGGAGACCAAGGCUGA